CGUCCUUAGCAACCGGUCAAACAUGAGUUACUACAGUAUAAGCACACAGUUCGCUCCAGACCUCAGCCUGCCUUAUGUCACUCCCCCGGGUGGGACAGAGCUACUCUUUCGCAGUCACUUAGAAGCUGAUAUCUUUGAAGCAACCAGGUCUGUGUCAGGUUAGGCUGAGUCAGGGAUUCAAGAGUUUCAUUUUGUUAUAACAGUGUUGAGACUGGACAGUAGCAUUUCUGGAGCAGACACCAUGGAUACUGUAAAGAAUGGAGGAUGUCAGCCUGUCUACAGUCGCUGGUCAUACAGACCCUCCAGCUCAGCCAGCUUCUCUUCUAAUUCAUUGGCAAGUGGAGUUGAAGAUGACAGUGCCAGUCUUAUGCAACAGAAACUGGAAAAACAAAGGGCCCUACUGGAACAGAAGCAACGUCGGAAGCGUCAAGAGCCCCUCAUGGUUCAGCCCAACACAGAAGCCAGGCCCCGGCGAACAAGGACGCGCCGCGGGGAGGAGCAGGCUCCUUUGGUCGAGUCCCACCAGAGUAUAACCAGUGAUGCCAUCAUGGACGGUAUAGACGGGCCUGCUGCCAUUUUGGGUUCAGAAAACACUGAAGUUGGAAGAACGCUUCAGAUUGUGUCAGUGGGCCAUUCUCAGCACCAGCCUGAGCCUCAGUGUCAGCCUCAGUCCCCUUCAACAAAUGAGCCCGACAGAGAUGGAGACACAGAAUCACUACUGGAGCCCAAGACCAAUAUCCAAGAACUUCUGCAGAAACAAGGUCUGUCUGACACUAUGAACUUUGAUGAAGCUAGUGAGCAUGAGGACGAUUUAGAAGAUGGACAGACACAUUCUCUGUCGCCCCAGGCAGACAGCAACAGGCCUGCAUCUGCAGCUAGUGGGAAAGACAUUCCAGAGCUUGGAAGCCCUGGGUCCCCUUUAUCAGAAAGCUCUGCAAUGGAUGUGGCUAAUCUAGAGGAGUUUGUGUUGCGCCCUGCACCUCGGGGGACCACUGUGAAAUGCAGAAUCUCACGAGACAAGAAAGGCAUGGACCGCGGCCUGUACCCCACUUACUUCAUGCACAUGGAGAGAGAGGAUGGUAAAAAAAUUUUUCUUCUAGCUGGAAGGAAGAGGAAGAAGAGUAAGACGUCCAACUACCUUAUCUCUGUAGAUGCCACAGACUUGUCUCGUGAGGGAGAGAGCUUCAUUGGUAAACUGAGGUCAAACCUUAUGGGCACCAAAUUUACAGUGUAUGACAAUGGCACAAACCCUUGCAAAACUCCUGGAGCACUGCUCGAAGAGAGCAACAAACGACAAGAACUGGCUGCCAUAUGUUAUGAAACCAAUGUACUAGGAUUCAAAGGACCACGCAAGAUGACUGUUAUAAUACCGGGCAUGAAUAUGAACUUUGAAAGAAAGCCAGUGAGACCUCAAAGUGAGCAGGAGAGCCUACUGAGCCGAUGGCAAAACCACUCAACAGAAAAUCUCAUAGAGCUGCACAACAAGGCCCCAGUGUGGAAUGAUGACACCCAGUCUUAUGUGUUAAACUUUCAUGGGCGCGUCACUCAAGCUUCAGUUAAGAACUUCCAAAUUGUCCAUGAUAAUGACCCGGACUACAUCGUCAUGCAGUUUGGCAGAGUAGCUGAAGACAUUUUCACCCUGGACUACAAUUAUCCUAUGUGUGCUCUUCAAGCCUUUGCUAUUGGCCUGUCCAGCUUUGACAGCAAGUUAGCAUGUGAAUGAAUGAAUGAACUCAACUUCACAUCCAGGGUCCAGUGGUAGAACGUUUGGAAUGAGCCUGAAACAAGGACAACAAAAGAACACACACAUACACAUAAAAAACAAAAACAAAAACAAAGUUUUUUAAAUCAUUUUUUAAAAUCAGGCAUUUAGAUAAUUUAUAUCAGACCUGUAGGGGCCACUGAUUUCAAAAUAAUUUUUCUUGAGCUAUGUGCAGUAUUCAGGGCAUACAUUGUAAAUGUAUAAAUACACACAAGAGAAACAAAAAAAGUUAUUUCUGGUCUGGUAGUAUCUGAUGUUUCUGCCUUAAAUAGAUACAUAAAAAAUAUAACACUAAGAUCAACUCUAGUGUAGGCAGUGUGUGGUUUAAACCAUACGUAUUUGGUAUGGAUCCUCAUAGCUACAGAAACUAUACACAAGUAAAAAUAUCAUCUUCUUUUUCAUUUUGUAAUAGAAACCAAAAGUCAACAUUGUAUUAAUAUUGCCUUAUUGUUACUUAAUUUGCCAUUUAUUUGUCUAAAUUUGACAUUGCUGCCUUUUUUGUCUUAUGUGUGAUGUGGAUAACCUGAAAAUGAUUUAAUGUCUGUGAAUGUGUUUUUUAAUUUCACUUUGCUAUUGUGGGGAAAAUGCAGAUUUGCACAGAUGCUGUAUAGAUAUGUAUAUGUACAAAGAUAUGUAUUUUAUCUGAUAUAUAGGGAAGUACUCUAAGUUCAUGUUUAUGUAACUGAAUAAGCAAGCUAAAUAUGUUUAAUUUAAACAGAAAUUGUGUCAUUUUACAUCGGUUUUAAAUUUGAGAAAAACAUCAAAUAUACCACCAGAAUGUUUGUACACUGCCACAAUUGAAGAAAAACAGGAAGAACAA